AUGGGUAUUUUGGCUAUACUAAUUCUCCCACUGCUUGUGGUUGGAAUCAGUGGGAUUGUAUACAUUUAUCGGAUGGUUACUCAGCUGAUGUCAAAGUCUGCUGUGCGGAGCAAAGUUGUAAUAAUCACUGAUGCUCUCUCUGGCGUGGGCAAGGAAUGUUCACGAGUAUUUCAUACAGGAGGAGCAAGGCUGAUUUUGUGUGGGAAACACCUGGACAAAUUAGAAGCUCUCUAUGACGCUUUAAACAGCGUGGCUGAUCCUUCUGCAACAUUUACACCGAAGCUUAUCCUUUUAGAUCUCGCUGAUGUAAACUGUAUCCAGGAUGUAGCUAAAGAAAUCCUGGAUUGUUAUGGAUGCGUGGAUAUACUCAUUAACAAUGCUAGCACAAAAGCCAAAGGGACAGUUCAGAGCAUGUCACUGGAACUUGACAAAAAGAUCAUGGACGCCAACUACUUUGGACCUAUAACACUCACCAAAGCUUUUCUUCCCAACAUGAUCUCCAGGAGGACUGGUCAAAUUGUGCUAGUCAAUAAUAUUCAAGGGAAAUUGGGUGUUCCCUUUCGUGCAGCUUAUGCUGCUUCGAAGCAUGCUGCUCUGGGUUUCUUUGAUUGCCUGAGAGCAGAACUACAGGAAUUUGGUGUUUGUGUCAGUACUGUGACUCCAAGUUUUAUACGUUCUGAUCAUAUUCAACUUCAGCCUAAGAACUGGGAAGCCUCCACAUGGAAGUACUUCUUCAGAAAGCCGGCUUAUGGUGUCCGCCCAAUGGAGGUAGCAGAAGAAAUUCUAAGGACAGUGAGCAGAAAGAAGCAGGAGGUGUUCAUGGCAAAUCCCAUCGCAAAGGCAGCUGUUUAUAUCCGCACUUUUCUCCCAGAGUUAUUUUUUGCUGUCGUUGCUGCUGGAGUGAAAGAAAAACAGAAAAUCAAAGUUGAAAACUGAUUGCAUCAAGCUCAUCUCCCUUGGUAGAAGGGUUGUGCCAAUUCUCUCUUGCACAGCUUGUGAUAGGCAUCUUGGAAGAAUAUUGUACAAAUCCAAAUGAAACAAAAAAUAUGUUUUGUCUGAGGAUCUGGAGGCAGUGGAAUAGGGUACGGUCUUUUCGUCCAUCAUUAAAGUUGCACUGCUGGGCUAUGGGAGAGAUCGAAAGACAUUUUCCAGGGUGCCAAGUGAGCCGUCAGAAAUGGGCCCACUGGCUUCCUGGAAACUGCCAUUUCAAGAGGGUUAAUAGAAAGCAUGAAUUGUCUGCGUGUUGGGUGAUGUGCUCAGAGCAGUUGUGGAGGUCAGGAGAAUUGUAAAUUGAUACUGAAAAAAUGGGGAAUCUCAGGAAUCAGGGAGAAUA